GCCAAGGGACCACAUCGGGGGUGGCCUUCCGCAGAUGGCCUCGGGCACCUUGCCAACUGCAAUGCUGGCAGCCCUUGGUCAGUUUUGACAAGUACCUAGGUAAGUAGCUAUGGACGUAGCCUAGCCAUCCAAGGACAGCUUCUACUCCAACAGCGUCCUCGUAAUUCAGCCGGGCCAUCGGGCUGUUUCAAAGACGGGAGUUGUCCUGCCAAACAAGUCUCCUACAAGGAGUCCAAACAACAGCGUCAUGUCACCUCGGGCCCGCCGCUCAUGGCUGCCCUUCCUCCUUGCUGCGAGCCUCACGGCCCCAUCCGCCGCGGACGGGACGGGCAUGAUCGGCUGGGGCAAGACCAUGUACGACCCGCCGUGCGCCUUCGCGUGCCGCAACGUCCUGCGCAACUGCCGGCUCCUGUGCACCCCGCCCGCCGGCCGCGGCCGCAACUACGGCUCGGCGCACUCGCCCAACUGGACGCCGCCCGAGUGCUUCACGACGGACGCGGCCUUUCUGCGCACCAUGGCGCUCUGCAUCGACACCUACUGCCAGCCGUCGGCCGAGAAACCGUCCGCCGCGUCGCUCGACGACUACUGGGCCUCGCACCUGGGCGUGCCGACCGUCGGCGACUACACCUGGGUGCCCGCCGUCUCGUACGCCGAGGCGCUGCGGGCGGCGCGCGCUGAUGAGAGGGAGGCGGCGGCGGCGGGGGCGCGCGGGGGAAACAGCAGCAACAGCGCGGCGGGGAGCGGCGGUGGCGGUGGCAGCCACGCGCGGCACAAGGCGAGGCAGCACGGGCACUCGGAGCCCACGUCGGGGGCUGGCGGGAACGCGACCGUGCUUGGCAGUGCGUUGCCGAGGAUCAAGGCCAGGCAGCCCCUAAACGUGACGAGCUUCGUCGCGCACGAGGACUGGCUGAAGCCGUACAACGGGGCGAAGCUGUUUGAGACCAACGAGGUCGGGCACUCGAACUCGACAAUCGGCGUCCUCCUCGUCGCUCUACUCACCCCCGUCCUCCUGUCGCUCCUCCGCUUCAUACCUGGGUUGGCACGCAGCCGCACCUGGACGUGGAUCAACUGCAUGGCCAACCACCCCGCCGCGCUGGGCCGCCGGCACCGCGAGCCGCGGGGCGGGGCGUGGGCGCUGGGCGGCGCGACGGUGCCGACGCGGGGCCAGCUGCUCUACAUCGGGCUCAUCAGCUUCAUCAACAUCGCCUGCGUGCUCGCGCCCUACUACUACGCCUUCCCCAACUCGACGUAUCCAACGCGGCGCAACCAGGACAUGGCCACGAUGGGCAACCGCGCCGGCAGCAUGGCCAUGGGCAACGCGGGCGCGCUCUUCGUCUUCUCGGCCCGCAACAGCGCGCUGCUGUGGCUGACAGACUGGCACCACGCCACCUUCCUGCUGCUGCACCGCUGGCUCGGCUACUGGGCCGUGGCGCUGACGGUUGCGCACUCGGCCCUGCUGCUGGCCACGUACGUCGAGUACGGCGACUACGCCAUGGAGCUGGCGCGCCUCUACUGGCAGUGGGGGAUAGUGGGCACCGUGGCGGCCGUGGCGCUGCUGGCGGCCAGCGCGCCGGCGCUGCGGCGCGCGGCGUACGAGGUGUUCCUGCCGCUGCACCACGUCCUGGCCGUGCUGUUCCUGGUCGGCUACUACUACCACAUCUGGCACCUGUACGAGUACAACUGGGGCUACGAGAUCUGGGUGUGGUUCGCCGUCGGCGUCUGGGGCGCCGACAAGCUGGCGAGGCUGGCGAGGACAGCGCGCAACAGGCUCCGCACGGCCGUGGUGUCGGCCGUCGAGGGCAGCGGCGGCGGCGGCCAGUACCUCCGCAUCGAGGUGGACGGCGUGCGCGUCGACGGCGUCGUGUACCUGCGCUUCCCGACGCUGAGCUGGAUGUUUUGGGAAAAUCAUCCGUUCUCGGUCGUCUCGUCGUUUGUGGACGCGGACGGCCAGGCGGAGGAGGUGGAAGUGCAGGGCGAGGGCAGUAGCAGUGGUGUCACGGUAGUAGGAGAAAAGUCCGCCAGCGACAACGUCGUCGCAGAAGAAGCGCGGGAUCCAUCCCCGUCGGGAUCAAGCGUCGCGCGCCAUCACCCCCGGACCGCCACCGCUACCACCGCGACCGCGCCACGCGCCACAUUCAUCGUGCGCACCCGCAACGGCGUCACGGCCCACCUAGCAGCGCGCCUGGCCGCCUCCUCGUCGUCGCCAGACACCCAGGCGCCGCUACGCCUACCGGUGCUCGUCGAGGGCUCGUACCGUUACGCAUCGUCGGGCCCCGCGCGGGUCCGCGGGUGCGAGGCGCUGCUGUGCGUGGCGGGCGGCGUGGGCGUGACGGCGCUGCUGCCGCUGCUGCGGGAAUUCUCCUCCUCCUCGGCUGCGGCGCCUGCAAAGGGCGACGACGACGAUGGGUCACCACCCACCACCACCACCAUCACCACCACGGCGCGCCUCGUCUGGGGCGUGCGCGACGGCAGCCUCCCUGCGGCGCUGGCUGGGCAGCUGGCCGGGCUGGGCGCGGGCGGCGUGGCGGUCGAGACGAGCGUCGGGGCUAGGGUGGAUGUGCGCGCCGUGGUCAGGAACGAGAUGGCGGCCGGGCGCGGGCCCCUGGGCGUGGUGGUGUGCGGGCCGCCGGGCAUGGCGGACGAUGUGCGCGCGGCGGUGGCGGAGCUGGGGAGGAGCGGGAGACGGGCGGUGGUGUUUGUGGACGAGGCGUUUGGUUGGUAGAUGGUUGUGGUUCCAUGUUUAGCUUAGUCCAAUCUCCUUACCCAUAUAAAUCUGCAGGAUGAUGGGUGGAGCAUCAAGUCAGCUUCUGUCUAUCCACGACCGGCGUGUGUGGUUUAAGGGUAAAAUCCAUCGUUGCCAUCGAUGGGCUCCCGGUUCGAGUCCGGGCACACGCAAAACAGGAUCAAGGGUUGCUGCUUCGAUCUAAGCGCUUUUUUUUUUUUUUUUGCAUUUGAUGACAUUUGAAGCCUCGGCAGAGAACUCAAGUCUAGCGAGCCAAGAUGAAAAGUUACGUGGCCGCCGCAUUCCAGGCAACGACGUGUCUCGCUAUUUUUUGGGCCUGAGUGUUAAAUCGGUGAAGGCCCAUACAAAUCAUUCCUGCGGCCGGCGAACAAAAAAGUCUCGUCCAAGCACAUGAUGAACUGGGCACUAUUAUCAUAUGAGC